UUAGUAAAACAUAAAAGUACAAGUAGAAAUUAAAGAAAGCUAAAAAAGAUAGAAAAAAUGGUAAUUUUGCAUAUUAGAUAGAUAUUUCUGUAAUACAAAGUCAAGGCUUUAUUAUUAAAAAGAAAAAAAAUCACACUCUUUUCCUGAUUUUCCAUUUUUUCUUCUAUCUAUUUCCAACCCUAGCCUCCAAUCCAGCUUAUCUCAAAACCCUGGCACUCCUCCCUAUCUCUCUCUUUAGCCUCCAUAGAUCUCAAAAUCCUAGCUUUCAUGGGUUCCAGAAAAGUCAGUGACAAAGAUGGCGCUGGCCCUGGGAAAAUAUUUAUUGGAGGCUUAGCUAAGGAUACAACUCUAGAGACAUUUACUAAGUACUUUGAAAAGUAUGGGGAGAUAACAGAUUUUGUUAUAAUGAAAGAUCGGCAUACGGGUCGGCCCCGUGGUUUCGGGUUCAUUACCUUUGCGGAUCCUUCUGUUGUUGACACUGUUAUGCAAGAGGAUCAUGUUAUUAAUGGCAAGCGAGUUGAGAUUAAAAGGACUAUUCCAAAAGGUACUUCACAGUCAAAUGACUUCAAGACAAAGAAAAUAUUUGUUGGUGGGAUUCCAACUUCUGUUACCGAAGAUGAGUUAAAGAAUUUCUUCUCGAAGUAUGGAAAGGUGGUGGAACAUGAGAUAAUACGUGACCAUGCAACCAAGCGUUCUCGGUUUGGGUUUAUCGUGUUUGACAGUGAAAAAGUUGUUGACAAUAUGCUGGCCAAUGGAAACAUGAUAGAUAUGGAGGGUACCCAGGUUGAAAUCAAGAAGGCUGAACCAAAGAAAGCCUCAAACCCACCACCUGAUCCUGCAUAUGGUAGUGAAUCUAGGGCUCGCUCAUACAAUGAUGGUUUUGGUGGAUUUGGUGAUUAUGGUGGUUUUGGUCCUGCUCCUUAUAGGUCUUUUGGAGGAUUUGCCAGUAGAUUUGGAGAUUAUGGUGGUUAUGCUGGUGGUGGUGCUGAUUUUGGAGGUAGUUAUGGGGGUUUUGGUGGUGGUUUUUCUGGUUAUCGUGGAGAUUCAUCAUUUGGUUAUUCUAGCCGGUUUGGUUCCUACGCUGGUGGGCUUAGUGGGAGUGGUAUAGGUGCAUAUGGGCGUGGAGGCGGAGGCUACGGAAGUUAUGGUGGUUCAGGCUCAGGCGGUAGUUAUGAGUCAGGCCCAGCUGCUGGUUUUGGUGGACCAGGUGGAUUAUAUGGUAGUAGAACAGGAUAUGGAGGCAGUAGCCGCUAUCAUCCUUACUCAAGGUAGAGCGUGUUUAAGAUCUUCCAUAGAAGUUGCCCCAGCUUUUCAAAUUUCAGCAUUUCUCAUCACAUGGUUCGGUAGGCACUGUGCACUUUUGCAAGUGGACACCAUCUAGAAGAUCAGAGGAACUAUUAGAUUUGCCCAUCUUCAAUCUAUUGCUUAGAGAACCCAAGUUAGAUCAGCAUCAACCUAGAGCUUCUCAUCAAAGCGCAAACUUGAAUACUAGUUGAGCUGCUGUCUUGUGCUUUAAGUUUUUAUUGUCAUUUUAUUGUAGUUAAAGACUUCUAUCUUGUUUUAAGCUUAGUUAGAACCACUUUUGAGGUGUGGAUGUAACAUUUAGGUAAUUAGUAAUUACACGCUAGAUUGUUUUCGAAAUAGAGAGCUUGUUGCUUUUCAACUUUCUAGUUUUUCUUGGAAUGCAUAUCUCAAGUUGUAGGUAACUUUCACAAAUAGCAGAGACAUUUCUGUGGUUCUUUAGUUACACAGGUAAGAGAACUACUCAAUUUAAGUUUCUAGUACACUGGUUUACUGUUGAACUAAACCGCGUUUUGGCUCCGAUGGCUUGAAAUGCUUGUGGAUAUUAUUUAACGAGGAAGAUGACUUUUAAUAGUGUGGGUACAUAUGUUGGGAAUGCAUGCACUAGUGCAUCUAAAAAGUUUAGAACUUGCAUGGUGUUCUGCAUUUCAGGUGCAGGAUUUGUAAAUGUUUGUUGAGCAGCUCCUGACAUUUACCAUUUACCAUUUUGAGGUAAGUAGUGAUAAAAUUAAAGAAAUAUAAAUAUUUUCAAACCAUAAAUUGUAUAGCUGGAGCAAAAAAAUUCAAAACUACGACCUAACAUGAUUUUUUUUUUUUUUGGUCUUUCACACAAUCAGACUCUUGAGUUAUGGGAUAUAAGACAUAGUUAUUUGUUGUUGUAGCAUAAAUUGUAUAGCUGGAGUGAGAUGAAGCAGAAUGCUUUUGGCUCUAACCAAGUUUGCUUGUGCUAAUUAUAUACUAUUGUGGUUGACUUGAACUGCAAAUUAUAUACUACUGUUCUUUCAGAUUUGAUAGUUUCUGAUGAAUGAGUAUAUAAGAUUGCCCAAGUAGUGUAUCACUCCUGAACCGUAUAUGAAACCUGUUUACUUGAAAUUAAUUGGCUCAUGCAAGGUUUGAAUUUCUUGUUUAUUGUUUCAAGUAAAAUGUUGCCUAAACUUUGAUGCUAUGAGUUUUGAACUAAAGGUAGCAGAGGAUACCGGCAUCGGGACGAGGAAGGAAGUCAUAUGGAGAUUAUUAAAACAUGUUAAUCUAAUGCAAGACCAAUAUUAUGUAUAGAUUUUACUUGUUUAUGAAGUUGUGAUCAAUGUUGAAUGUUAAUUUUCCAAUAUUAUGAGUGAAGCUGGGGAAAUACGGUGCUUUGUGUGCACUACUUAGGAUUUCCUUUGCAUGCAAACAAUAGCAUGCUUUUCCACUCAAAUCACUUGUUCUUGUGGCUUUUGCUGAUAAACUUGUUUUUUUCUUAUAAUCUGUGAAACCAUUGGACAUACAAUUUUAGGGGUUGGUUUUUUGUUUUGGGUUCUGAACUUAGGAUAGGGAUGGUGGUCUUAUUCUGGUAUGUAGGGUGAUAAGGUUCAGAUCAGG